CUCUGUUGUUACCAUGGAGACAACUAACAGCUAGUAAGACUGUUCUUGAAGAGGAGAUAUUCGUCUCUAGCUAUCCAGAGAUAUCAGGAUGGAGGUCCUGAGAGAGAAAGUAGAGGAGGAGGAGGCGGCUGAGCGUGAGGAAGCAGCUGAACGGGCAGAACGGGCUGAAAAGAUGGAGAGGAUGACGAAGCCAGCCGAAGUGAGCAAAGAGGAAACCAUCAUGACAGAGGACGAGCUUCGAGACCUGGAUAAGAGGCUCAUGGCCAUCGAGCCCCCCAUUCCAGCUGAGUACCCGAUCAUAAACAAGGCCCUCAUUGACGUCACCAAGCUGCCUCCUUCCUACACUUCCAACUCGCCCAAGGAGGAGCACCUGCUGCUGGUGGCCGACAACUUCUCCCGCCAGUACAGCCACCUGUGCCCGGACCGCGUGCCUCUCUUCUUGCACCCGCUAAAUGAGUGCAACGUGCUUAAGUUUGUGAGUACCACCCUGAGGCCCACACUGAUGCCCUACCCGGAACUCUACAACUGGGACACCUGUGCCCAGUUCGUGUCUGACUUCCUUACCAUGGUCCCUCUGCUGGACCCGCUCAAGCCGCCCACACACCUGUACUCCUCGACCACUGUGCUCAAGUACCAGAAGGGGAACUGCUUCGACUUCAGCAACCUGCUCUGCUCCAUGCUCAUUGGCUCUGGCUACGACGCCUACUGCGUCAACGGCUAUGGCUCCCUGGACCUGUGCCUCAUGGACCUGACCAGGGAAGUGUGCCCGCUCACCGUAAAGGCCAAAGAGGCAGUCAAGAUGGCAGAGAAGACGAUUCCUAAGAAGUACGCCAUCAAACCGCCCCGGGACCUGACCAGCAGGUUUGAGCUGGAGCAGGAGGAAAAGAGAUUGCAGGAGAUCAAGGACCUGGAAGAGAAGCGGCUCAGGGAGGAGGAAGAGCGCCUCCUGGAGGAAGAGAAGUCGAAGCCCGACCCCCUGCAUGGCCUGCGGGUGCAUGCCUGGGUCCUGGUGCUGGCCGGGAAGCGCGAGGUGCCUGAGAGCUUCUUCAUCGACCCACUGACAGCACGCAGCUACAGCACCAAGGAUGAGCACUUCCUGGGCAUCGAGAGCCUUUGGAACCACAAGAACUACUGGAUCAACAUGCAGGACUGUUGGAACUGCUGCAAGGACUUGGUCUUUGACCUGGGAGACCCUGUGAGAUGGGAGUAUAUGCUCUUGGGGACCGAUAAGCCUCACCUGUCCAUGGCUGACGAGGAUGAUGAAGGGCUGGAUGAUGAUGAUGAUAUAGACGACCUGGCCAAAGAGGAGGAGGAUAAGAGCUUCGACAUGCCGCCUUCAUGGGUCUCCCAGAUUGAGAUCACCCCGGAAGAGUUUGAGACCCGCUGCCCCAGUGGAAAGAAGGUGAUACAGUACAAGAAAGCACAACUCGAGAAGUGGGCCCCCUACCUCAACAGCAACGGCCUGGUUACCCGCCUCACCACCUACGAAGACCUACAGUGUACAAAGGUUCUGGAAAUCAAGGAGUGGUACCAGAACCGUGAGGACAUGCUGGAGCUGAAGCACAUAAACAAGACCACAGGCCUGCAGGUGGACUACUUCAAGCCGGGCCAUCCCCAAGCUCUGCGUGUGCACUCAUACAAGUCCAUGCUGCCUGAGAUGGACCGCAUCAUGGAGUUCUAUGAAAAGAUCCGUGUGGAUGGCCUGAUAAAGCGGGAGGAGACGCCCCUGACAAUGACAGAGUGCUAUCAGGGGCGCUCAGACUUCCUCGCCUAUCGCCACAUCAAUUUCGGACCCAGAGUCAAGAAGCUCACCCAGAACAGCGCAGAGUCCAACCCGAGGCCCAUGGUGAAAAUCACAGAGCGGUUCUUCCGCAACCCAGCGAAGCCUGCAGAUGAGGACGUGGCAGAGCGCGUGUUUCUGAUCCUGGAGGAGCGCAUUCAGCUUCGCUACCACUGCCGCGAUGACUACAUCACCUCAUCCAAGCGUGAGUUCCUGCGGCGCACGGAGGUCGACAGCAAAGGCAACAAGAUCAUCAUGACGCCGGACAUGUGCAUCAGCUUCGAGGUGGAGCCAAUGGAGCACACCAAGAAACUUCUCUACCAGUACGAGACCAUGAUUCACCUGAAGAAUGAAGAAAAGCUGUCCCGACAUCAGGCCUGGGAGUCAGAGCUGGAGGUGCUGGAGAUCCUGAAGCUUAGGGAAGAGGAGGAGGAGGCCCACACGCUGACAGUCUCCAUCUAUGACACCAAGCGCAACGAGAAGAGCAAAGAGUAUCGGGAGGCCAUGGAGCGUGUCCUGCAUGAGGAGCACCUGCGGCAAGUGGAGGCCCAGCUGGACUACCUGGCCCCGUUCCUGGCCCAGCUCCCUCCGGGCGAGAAGCUAACACGCUGGCAGGCUGUGCGCCUCAAGGACGAGUGUCUCAGCGACUUCAAGCAGCGCCUCAUCGACAAGGCUAACCUCAUCCAGGCGCGCUUUGAGAAGGAGACUCAGGAACUGCAGAAGAAGCAGCAGUGGUACCAGGAGAACCAGGUGACCCUGACGUCUGAGGACGAAGACCUGUACCUGAGCUACUGCUCUCAGGCCAUGUUCCGCAUCCGCAUCUUGGAACAGCGGCUCAAUCGGCACAAAGAGCUGGCUCCGCUGAAGUACCUGGCGCUGGAGGAAAAGCUCUACAAGGACCCACGCUUGGUAGACUUCGUGAAAGGCUUUGUUUGAUGCCCCUCACGGGACCAUGGCAGAAGCUGCGGGAUAAUGGAGUCCUCCCUUCUCCCCAGCCACCGCAAUCCCCUACCAGCCUCACUGCCACACCACCUCCCUGUCCCUCAAGGUCUCCCUCAAAUAAACACUUCCUAUUUACCACUUAUAUUGCAGGACUCACACCUCCAGUCCCCUCCACCCUUGGUCUUUCCCUGCCAUCUUCUCUGCUGGACUAGCAAGUGUUUACACGUCUCCGGAUGGUUCCACAGCACAGCCAUCUGGUUAGAGCUCAAUGUGGUGAUGGUGGGCCAGCUCAUCAAAUGGGAAUGGCCUGGCCAAGGAGCACAACCCAGGACCGGCUGGCUUGAUGUUAGGGGACAAGGGACUGAAUCCAAGUUCCUCUUCCCUUUACCACCUGGGAAACGGGGCUGGCAUUGUUUCCUGAAGUCAGUGUUAAAGAGGAGAGAGAGCUGGGUCUAGUAGUGCAUGCCUGUAAUCCCAGCAGGAGCUGGAGGCAGAAGGAUCUGGGUUCAAGGUCUGCCUUGGCUAUGUAGGGAAUUUGAGGACAGCCUGGGCUACAUGAGACUGUCUUAAAAAGCAAAAACAAAGUAGAGAAAACCUGGCCUAUAAUCCCCAGGGCAUGGCACAGACAUGGCAAAUGACCUCACAGCAGCUGUGGUUGCCUGCUCAAGCCUGGGCCCGUCAAUAAACAACCAUGGCUCAGGGCGGGCAUGGGGGCCCUUCCUCCCUCUUGAACUACUGGUUACUGAUGAAUUCUGGUGGAGGGGUAGUCAUUGUCUUCACUCAAAGGUGAGCCCACCAGAUCUCAGUGCAUAAUUCCAAACCCAUGGUUAAAACCAGGGGCUCAAGCUACAUGUGGUGGCCCAUGCCUUUAAUCCCAGCUCUUGACCUCUGCCAGUUCAAGGCCAGCCUGGUCUACAUAGUGAGAGCCUGAUCCAGAGAGAGGAGAGAUUUGAGGGACAGAAAUAGGAUGAACUUGAAAGAGCCAAGUAUGCCAAAUCUUGCCUGGUUCUUAGUUAAGAUAUAUCCACACACACACCCCAAGCCCGUGUGUGUGUGUGUGUGUGUGUGUGAGUCUGUCCAUCCAUUCCCUACACUAUCACCAUGCAUUCUGCCAUGUCAUUCUUUGCCUAAUUCCUUUGAGUCAGGUUCCUCCUCAACAGUCCCUAGCAAUCCUCCGCACUGGGGUUACACACGCAGCCAUGCCAGAUUUUUAUGUGGGUGCUGAGGAUUUGAACUCAGGUCCUCAUUCUUGGCACUGCAGUCGCUCCUAAGACCGAACCAUUUCUCGUUUCUAGUAAGUUUUGAUUUUCAGUGCUGUGGUUGAAUCUAGUGCCUCCUCCACACUAGUCAAAGCUCUCUACCACCCGAGCCACAUUCUCAGUCUUGUUCCUACUUAGACGUUAUUGUGUGUACUGGGGAUGAUUAAGGUCAUUUUAAUAUAGUCUACAUGUUAGAGGAUGAAGUUAUUUUAGAGGUGGUGAUAUUGGUCAUGUGACUAAGGACCCCUAAAGAGCCUCAUGCUCAGUGUUGUCGUGAUUGAAAUGUCUUGGGAUAGGUAAUGUUCGAAUACUUGUACAUAGACAAAGUAAACUAGGCAAAACGUGUCAAAAUCAAGAAUUUGACUUUUGUUUCUAAUAAUAAAAAGUUGAGAAGAACAGCAA